GCCGGUGUAUCUGGCUCAGCGUUUGGGUCCUGGGACCUGGGAGGCGGACUUGUUGGGAGCGUGGCGUGGGGAUUGAACUUGCAGCGUGGCCCGAGGCCCAGACUUGGAGGGGUCGGGUGGGGCCGGCUGUGGGGCUGAGCUCAGGCUGAGGUCUGGGAGCCCGGGACCGUGCUGGGCGCAGUGGGCAUGAUGGACCUGGCCUACGUGUGCGAGUGGGAGAAAUGGACCAAGAGCACGUACUGCCCGUCGCUGCCCCUGGCCUGUGCCUGGUCCUGCAGGAACCUCAUUGCCUUCACCACAGACCUUCGCAACGACGACCAGGACAUGACACAUAUGAUCCAUAUCCUGGACACGGAACAUCCCUGGGAAGUGCACUCGGUCAGCUCUGGCCACAGCGAGGCCAUCACCUGCCUGGAAUGGGACCAGUCAGGCUCCCGGCUGCUGUCGGCCGACGCUGAUGGGCAGAUCAAGUGUUGGAGCAUGGCUGACCACCUGGCCAACAGCUGGGAGAGCUCCGUGGGCAGCCAGGUGGAGGGGGACCCCAUCGUGGCUCUGUCCUGGCUGCACAACGGUGUAAAGCUGGCCCUGCACGUGGAGAAGUCGGGUGCCUCCAGCUUCGGGGAGAAGUUCUCCCGAGUGAAGUUCUCGCCUUCGCUCACACUGUUUGGCGGCAAGCCCAUGGAAGGUUGGAUCGCGGUGACGGUCAGCGGCCUGGUGACUGUGUCCCUGCUGAAGCCGAGCGGGCAGGUGCUGACGUCCACCGAGAGCCUGUGUCGGCUGCGUGGCCGGGUGGCGCUGGCCGACAUCGCCUUCACGGGCGGCGGGAACAUCGUGGUAGCUGCGGCGGACGGCAGCAGCGCGUCGCCCGUCAAGUUCUACAAGGUGUGCGUGAGCGUGGUGAGCGAGAAGUGCCGCAUCGACACCGAGAUCCUGCCCUCCUUGUUCAUGCGCUGUACCACCGACCCCAACCGCAAGGACAGGUUCCCCGCCAUCACACACCUCAAGUUCCUGGCCCGGGACAUGUCUGAGCAGGUGCUCCUGUGUGCAUCCAGCCAGAGCAGCAGCCUGGUGGAGUGCUGGUCUCUGCGGAAGGAGGGUCUGCCUGUGAACAACAUCUUCCAGCAGAUCUCGCCUGUGGUUGGUGACAAACAGCCCAUGAUUCUCAAGUGGCGGAUCCUGUCAGCCACCAACGACCUGGACCGCGUCUCGGCGGUGGCACUGCCUAAACUGCCCAUCUCCCUCACCAACACUGACCUCAAGGUGGCCAGUGACACCCAGUUCUACCCCGGCCUCGGCCUGGCGCUGGCCUUCCAGGAUGGCAGCGUGCACAUGGUACACCGGCUGUCACUGCAGACCAUGGCCGUCCUCUACAGCUCAGCCCCGCGCUCACUGGACGAGCCGGCCCUGAAGCGCCCGCGCACCGCAGGCCCGGCCGUCCACUUCAAAGCCAUGCAGCUGUCCUGGACGUCCCUGGCCCUGGUGGGCAUCGACAACCAUGGGAAGCUCAGCAUGCUGCGCAUCUCUCCCUCCCUGGGCCACCCGCUGGAGCCCAAGCUGGCCCUGCAGCACCUGUUGUUUCUGCUGGAGUACUGCAUGGUGACCGGCUACGACUGGUGGGACAUCCUGCUGCACGUGCAGCCCGGCAUGGUGCAGAGCCUGGUGGAGCGGCUGCAUGAGGAGUACACGCGGCAGAAGCCCGCCCUGCAGCAGGUCCUCUCCACCCGGAUCCUGGCCAUGAAGGCCUCGCUGUGCAAGCUGUCACCCUGCACGGUGGCCCGCGUGUGCGACUACCACACGAAGCUCUUCCUCAUGGCCAUCACGUCCACGCUCAAGUCCCUGCUGCGCCCACACUUCCUCAACACCCCUGACAAGAGCCCCGGGGACCGCCUGGCCGAGAUCUGCGCCAAGAUCACUGACGUGGACAUUGACAAGGUCAUGAUCAACCUGAAGACGGAGGAGUUUGUCCUGGACAUGAACACUCUGCAGGCGCUGCAGCAGCUGCUCCAGUGGGUGGGGGACUUCGUGCUCUACCUCCUGGCCAGCCUGCCCAACCAGGGCUCCCCGCUGAGGCCAGGGCACAGCUUCCUGCGGGACGGCACCUCCCUGGGCAUGCUGCGGGAGCUGAUGGUUGUCAUCCGCAUCUGGGGCCUGCUGAAGCCCAGCUGCCUGCCGGUCUACACAGCCACCUCGGACACCCAGGACAGCAUGUCCCUGCUCUUCCGGCUGCUCACCAAGCUGUGGAUCUGCUGCCGUGACGAGGGCCCAGCCAGUGAACCUGACGAGGGCUUGGUGGAUGAGUGCUGCCUGCUGCCCAGCCAGCUGCUGGUCCCCAACCUGGACUGGCUUCCUGCCAGCGACGGCCUGGUCAGCCGCCUGCAGCCCAAGCAGCCCCUGCGCCUGCGCUUUGGCAGGGCGCCCACUCUGCCAAGCAGUGCCUCCACCCUGCAGCUGGACGGCCUCGCCAGGGCCCCUGGCCAGCCCAAGAUCGACCACCUGCGGAGGCUGCACCUGGGUGCCUACCCGACUGAGGAGUGCAAAGCCUGCACCAGGUGUGGCUGUGUCACCAUGCUCAAGUCUCCCAACAAGACCACGGCCGUGAAGCAGUGGGAGCAGCGGUGGAUCAAGAACUGCCUCUGUGGGGGGCUGUGGCGGAGGGUGCCCCUUGCCCGUCCCUGAGACACGGCGCCCCUUGCCGGUCCCCAAGACGACAGCGCCCGACAGCCUUGCUCUGAGCAGACGCAGGGGGCCUUCUGUGAUGGAACCUUGUGUCCUCAGCCAGCCACCCCGGGUCUGUCCCUCGGGACACAAGGCAUGUGCCACCUCCAGGGCCUGAAGUCCCAUGGCCACACGCAGGCCAUCUUGAAGGAGCUGGGCUGUGCGUCCAUCCUUCAAGGGCCGCAGUCCAUAUGCCCCUGUCCAGGCUGGGGUUGUCUCCCUCAGUGUCCCUUUGGGGACUGUGGGCGUGGAGGGCGGGCCCAGUGAAGCUCUAACCCUGCCUCCAGGCCCGUGCUGUCCCCAUGGCCCCCCCACUGCUGCCCGCCAGGUCAGGCUCUGCUGAGGUUGCGUGCGGCCUCGGCCCUCCCCCUGCCUCCCACACCCCGGUUUCUAGCAGCCUUUGCUGUGGUCCCCAGGGGUCCUGCCUUCAAGCUUCCUCCUCUGCCCCCUGCAGUCACAGGCAGCCAGGCCCAGGAUCACAGUAAUUGGCUUUUGUUAUUUUCUCCCCGGAACCCUGUGGAGCAGAGGACAGGGCAGUGGCCACACAUGACCCAGCCUGGGGAGGGCUCGCUGCAGAGGACAGACCGUGCUCUGACGCAGCCUGUGGGGGGCCGUAGCCAGGGAAGGUACCGGGGCCGGGCGGGGUCCCCCGACGCGGAGCCCCCUCUACUCCCCCACGUUUUGGUGUGUAGCUGGGGAUGACUUUGAACUCGUGAUUCUCCUGUCUACUUCCUGAGUGCUGGGAUGGCAGGCGCGUGUGCCUGUUCCCAGUUCCCUUCUGGAACAUUCUGCACAUCCGAGGAGCCUGGGGGACUUGCGUGUGCCCUUCAGGGUUUUGUGACUUCCCGUGAUGCCCUCUGCUGGCCUUAGGUACUGCCUCCGCCAGCAGAAGCCACCAGUGCGGUGUGGGGCAUCCUGGCCUUGCUCAAGCCAUCUUGACUUCCUGUGGCCGGAGCAUGGCCCCUGGGGUGACGGGGCCACCCCCUGCACAGGCUCCCUUCCCCUUCCUGGGCCUGCAGGGCUGCUCCCACCCACUCUCUGCAGAGUGCCCACCAUGUGUGUUAGUGAAUGCAGGCCACCUGGGGGAGGUGUGAGGAGCCACUGGAUGGUGUCUCCAGAGUUUGUUCAGAUGUUUACAUGCGAUGCACCCUGGGACUGGGGCACAGAUGGCGUUGAUGUAGGAGUGUCCCUUCUCAGACCCUCAGUGCCCCUGCCCUCCGGCUAGAAAGGCAGGCACAGGGUUUGGGUCUAGGUUCUGCCCGUUGUCGCCAGGAGGGGACCUGGGGUGUUGACUCCACAGCUCUCCAACCCGUGUGGCGCUGGAGACAUCACCAACUCCCUCCUCAGUGAACCAGCCUUUGUUCAUGGCCUCUCUGUGCCUCAGUUUCCCCUUUUAGUAUUUAUGUCAGCUUCGGAGCGUCUUGGCAAUCCUGUCUGAGCCCAGAGGAUGGUCCUGGGUGCAGCAGGACCUCUGUGGGGUAGGAGUGGGCCCCACCCCACGGUUCCCCGAAAGAGUACGUGCGCCCCCGUGUGGCCGAGUGCGGAACUACCUGCCCUCAGUCUCCCGGGUGUGUGUGCAGCAGGCGCUCAAUAAAGACGCACAGGGCUCA